ACCCAGGGCUCCCCUAUGGCUGUAAAGCCCUAGAGGAACCCCUGUGUCCCAGCUGUUUUAUGAGGAGAGUGAAAGUCUGGUCAUUCAUCAACCUCCCUUCCUUCUGCCUCUCAGCUUCCUCUUCUAGCCAGGCUGCUCUCUCUCUGCCAGGUUCUCCUCACUCCUCUGGCCCUCCCUGAAGAGCAGUCCUCCCUUGCCCUCCCUCAGACAGACACCCAUGGACGCGGGGACUGCUGACAGCAGCAAGGUGGCCUCUGAGGCCCCACAGCCUACCCACAUCAAUGUGCACAUCCACGAGGAGUCAGCGCUGGCCCAGCUCCUGCUGACCGGAUGCUCCCUGCUACGGAUCCCAGCCACAGCCACAGCCACCAGUGCCACCACCCAGACCCUGGGCAGCAGCCGACUGCUGGUGGCUUCUUGGGUGGUACAGAUCGUGCUGGGGCUCCUGAGCGGAGUCCUGGGAGGAUUCCUCUACAUCCUCAUGUGCUACAGACUGUGCUCCUCAGGAGCUGCCAUCUGGACCGGGCCUGUGGCUGUGCUGGCUGGAGCUGCUGCCUUUGUUUAUGAGAAACAGGGUGGGAUCUGCUGGGCCCUGCUGAGGACCCUUCUCACACUGGCAGCUUUCUGCACGGCCAUUGCUGCCAUCGUAAUUGGGGCUGGUAACUUCUCUGAGUACCACAACAGUUGGACUAUGAGCAGUGAUUACAUCUGUGAGGCCUCCUCGAGCAACUGGCACGUCACGCCCCCCAGCACCCUGAGUCCCAAACCUGAGAGGCAACGCCUGUGCAUCUCCCAGGUGAACAUGCUGAAGAACCUGUCUGUAAGCCUUCAGUCCAUGCUCUUGGGUGUUUGGGUCCUGCUGCUUCUGGCAUCUCUAGUCCCUCUGUGUCUGUACUGCUGGAAAAGAUUUUCCAUUAAAGAGGGUUGUCUUCCCCUGCCCCUCUUAGAAAAGAGACCAGAAGAAGCUGCUGGAAGCAAAGGAGCUCUAGCCCUGCUUCUGCUAAGCAUUCAUAUCUGAUACUCCUUCUGCUCUGUACGGCCCUGCAUCUGCCUCCUUGAAGAACCAGAUUGGGACAAGAGAUUCCCAGUGGCCACAGCUGUUCUUCCCUAAGAACCAUAGCCACUGCCUUGCACCAUUCGGCCAUCACAGCAGCUCUUGCUUAUCUCUUGCUCACUUUCACCAUUCUUCAUGUCCCCUCUUAUGCAGUGAUUCCCCAAUAAAUGUUUAUGUGACUGGUCUCAGG